CAUGGAGGCGGUGCCUUAGGUGUUUCCCGGUACUUCCUGUUAGAAGCCGGAAGGCCGUGAGCCCAGUAGGCAGGUCCCGAGUGGUUGCGAAGAUCUCCCCGGGGGACGGCUUUUGGGCCCCCAGCCCUAGGACCAUUUCGCCACCUCGGGACAUGGCCCUGACCGUGGAGACUGAGUCGCGCAUCUACCGGGGCCUGCGCGCCGCCUCGGGGGCUGCCGCCCACCUAGUGGCCCUCGGCUUCACGGUGUUCGUGGCCGUGCUGGCCCGGCCCGGCUCUAGUCUGUUCUCCUGGCACCCGGUGCUUAUGUCUCUGGCUUUCUCAUUCCUGAUGACAGAAGCGCUGCUGGUCUUUUCCCCAGAGAGCUCCUUGUUACGAUCCUUCUCCCGAAAGGGCCGGGCACGAUGCCACUGGGCACUUCAGCUGCUGGCCCUGCUGUGUGCCCUGCUGGGCCUGGGCCUGAUUGUCUACAACAAGGAGCAGCAUGGCAAAGCUCACCUGGCUACAUGGCAUGGAUGGGCAGGGCUGCUGUCAGUGCUGUGGGCUGCGCUGCAGUGCACAGGUGGGCUGGUGCUGCUGUACCCCAAGCUGCUCCCACGAUGGCCACUGGCCAAGCUGAAGCUGUAUCAUGCCACCUCAGGGCUGGUGGGUUACCUGCUGGGCAGUACUAGCCUCCUCUUGGGCAUGUGCUCACUCUGGUUUACCACCACACUGGGGGGUGGUGCCUGGUACCUGGCUGCUCUCUGUCCCAUUCUCACCAGCCUGGUGGUCAUGAAUCAGGUGAGCAAUGCCUACUUAUACCGCAAAAGGAUUCAGCCAUGAAGGAGAAAGCAUCCGUCUGCCCCUCCUCUCUCUACUGUGGUAGUCCUGCAUUCUUCCCAGAAAAAGCUGCUCACAGUCUUGCUGGGACUCUCUUGGCUUUCCUGACACCAGGCAGGCCUGGGUCAUAUAUUGUCCCUUUGGAGGACAGGUGGAAGAGAUGUGAAUCGAGGAAGGGUGCUAUGUGCCCCACAUACAGAGACUAUCUCAUCUUCCUGCUGCCUGUGAAGGGCAUGUGAGCACAUGGAUGGACUGCUGGCAGCCUGCCUGCCUGCCUCUUCUGCUCAUCUUUUAAACUCUUGUCAGUGUUUGCAAAAAAGGAAAAAAAAGUGACUAUGGAAAGCAAGAGGUAGGGGAAGAGCUCUGAGCCAGAAUUGAUUCUUAUGGUACCAUUAGUAUGAAGAAACAGUUUGGGCCACUGUUGGGGGUGACAGUGAAGUUUUGGUCAGGCCUUGGCUCCGGAGGGCAGAGCAGUUUCCCCUUGCUUAAGGGUCAGGGAGACCUGAGGAGAACCUGCCAUUUCCUAGGAAGCAGGAAUGGCGGGAGGGUAAGGCUGAGGAGUUAAAGAUGUGCUCUUGUACUUCCUAUAAAGCUCUUCUAUUUACCUGUC